CUCGUCAAAACAAAGCGGGGGCGAGCCGGAGCGAGCAAGCGGCGGCGGUUCUUGCUUCAUGAAUGAGUCCCCCUCCACUGCUGCGCCGCAGGUCGGACCUUUCAACCGCCUGCCUGCACCCUGAUGCCCGUGAGGGUACGCAAACCGGCGGGUAACAGUACAGGAGCCACCCGCUGAUGAACCCGGACAGUAAACACUUCCCCUCAGCACUACAUGACCGUUUCAUCCCAGCAGGAGCCACACGACAGGAUCAGGAACGAUGCUUGAUGGACUGCGGCGGAGGCACGCCUCCCGGCCCUCUCCUCGACCCCUGUCACUCAACUUUAGCACCUUCUCGCCCCCUCCGCCGAGCCCGGACUUGGACAGCAGCAGUGAGCAUCCAAUCAGGAGGACUCUGCACCGGCUGAAGUUGAUGAGCUCGCCCAGCCUCAGUGAGCUGGGGAAGAGUGAGAAAAGUUCGCCAGAGGACCGAGGUGAGAAGCAGAAGAGGGCAGGAGCCAACGCCACCUGGAACAGCAUCCACAAUGCUGUGAUAGCAGUCUUCCAAAAGAAGGGCUUGGGAGAUAAUGAACUUUACAUCCUUAAUGAGGGUGUCCGACAUCUGUUAAAGACUGAGCUGGGAUCCUUCUUCACAGAAUACCUUCAGAAUCAGCUGCUAACAAAAGGCAUGGUCAUCCUGCGGGACAAAAUACGAUUCUACGAAGGUCAGAAGUUACUCGACUCUCUGGCAGAGACCUGGGACUUCUUCUUCUGUGAUGUUCUCUCAAUGCUGCAGGCCAUCUUCCACCCAGUUCAGGGUAAGGAGCCUUCUGUCCGACAGCUCGCCCUGCUGCACUUCAGGAACACCAUAGUCCUCAGUGUAAAGUUAGAGGAUGCCCUGUCUCGACCGCGUGCCCGCGUGCCUCCCUCUGUUACACAAAUGCUGCUCAUUCUACAGGGGGUCCAUGAGCCACGUGGUGUGACCGAGGAAUACCUGAGGUUGGAGUCUCUGGUUCAGAAGGUGGUCUCACCCUACCUGGGCACCCAUGGGCUUUACUCUGGAAACGAUGCUGAAGAUCACUGCAGUGUUCUGGAGAAGCCUUGGGGCUGGUCCAAGGCUGCGGAUCAACCAUCUAAAAACCCUGUGGUACGAUCAAAGAGCUACAAUGUUCCUCUGCUGCUGACCCCAGUGGCUGAGUAUGACCCAGAUGCCAACUCGGCUGGCAGUGGAGGAAUUCGGCGUCACUCGGCCUGCGAGAUUAUAUCGUGCCUGGAGGAGCAAGGACUGGCCUACGCUGACCUAGCUCCAGGAUCAGAACUGUCUGGCUCCUCCUCCAACAGGCUGCGUGUGGACUCUCAGUUCAAUGGUAUAGUACAAGCAGGAGCCAGUGCCAUGGACUUGCCUCUGCUGUCUCCCUCCAUCCUCCCACUUCAUUCCUCAGGAGCUCUCCAUGGCACCGAGGCCACAACAACAAUGACUGAUCUCAGUAAGGGAGCAUCCUCCACGCCGCCCAGUGAAUCAUCCAGCCCUGAAACCAUAAUUGGACAAGUGCUAGAGUCUGCAGACUCAGGCCCAGACGGGAUAUUUAUUGAUUUCCCAUCUCACUCCUCAGAGGCAAUGGGGCUCAGCCAUGAGGGCAGGCAGAGCACUGUCUAACUGUGGUUGCCUUUAGGGAUGCACCCCCAGUCUUACGUUUCAAAUGGGUACCAUCUUACUGUUUUUUUUCUGAAGUACAACAAAUUUUCAUGACUAGUUCCUUCCAAGUGCUUUCACUGAUGAAUGAAAACCUUUCUGUUCUUAACAUAAAACAAAGAAAAGAAAAACACGAUUGUUCAACAAGUGGUACUGUUAUUAAAGGACUCAAGGAUGCAUCUGAUGGUACUCCACAUUUUUACUAUUGACAACAAGUCCCUUAAAAAGACUAAAAUCAACAAAGAAUUGUUUGUUAUUAACAAAUCCACCAUUAUUUUAAACAUAUCAAUAAGCCACACACUUGGACUGUAACAUUCCUAUUUCUUUUUUUAAUUUCUACUUGACAUGCACCACAAUAGUUUUGGCUUAUAUUAUAUUUAAAGUGAAACCAUAACACCAUUUCAUAACCAUCUCGAAUCACCUCUUUUAGAAUGUUAUUUUGAAAUACUACCUUUAUCAAAAGUCUUGUAAAAAGUCUGCUGACCCAAAUUAAGGUUUUAAAAAGCUUUUAUCAACAUUUCUCACCAUCUUUGCUGUUGCAGAAAAUUCUUACAGGAUUCUUUAAGUCUCACUGUUAUAACAUCUCUACUGUAACUCAGUCCUAAAGACUUACAGCUUAAGUAUUAAUAAAUGGGCUUAGGUGAGAGACAUGGCCAGACUGACACAUUGCUUUUUUUUCCACAUGAUUUUUUGACAAUAAGAAAAAUAUUAAAACUAGGAAGUGUUUUCAGGCUUAUCCUUUACCCCACGGAGGCACUUUUAAGUGAGGGUAAAAUUUGAAAUGAUAAGGAUUUCACACAACAGAAGAUUUUCUUACCUCUGCAGAAGAGCAGGCUACCACAGCCACAAAUUACCUGGAGAAACAUUACAUACACAUCAUAUUUUAUUUCAUGAAUUUACUUUGUAAAUGUGUAAUCUGAAAUGGUUUUAUAUUUUCUGUCUUCACUCUGUCGUGCGCUGCCCGGUGGUAACGAGGUCCUCCGCUCUCGUGUGUCAGCAGCGCUCGAAGAGUCUGACGCAAAAUUCUCUUUCCAGAGCAAACAUCAGUGUGACGGCAUUUUUCCACUUUUGAGUGUGACAAACAGGACAAUGUUUAUUGUUUACAUUUGACAAGAUAUGAAGAUUUUGACUGAAUGUUGUCUCACACACUGUAUUUUUGCACCACCACUACCUUGUAAAUAAAACUGCAUUGUUUUUUUUGUUUUGUUGUUUGUUUUGUUUUUCUGUGUUUAGUUUUUUUCUUUUUUUAGGCCAGCUUGAUGGUGUAAAGUGAGCAUUUACCUUGAGGAGAACUUAAAUUUUUAAUAAGGGCUUUUUAACUGAAUCUUUUUCAAUGAUGUUUUACCUCAAGUGUUUUGUACUUUACUUUUUUGACAAUCUAUGAUGUCUAUGGAGUUGUACUUUGUAUUAAUUUGUAAUACUAGCCCAGUAAAAAAUAAAUAAAUAAAUCUGAGGAAUCU